CCUCCUUUUUGGACCCAAGUGUCCACCUUUUCAGGGUUAUGCUUUUGGUCACCCUACUAAAGAACAAACACACUUAAAACACACACACUAAUAACACACACACAGUUAUAACACACACAGUUUUGGAUACACUUGAGUUACAAUAAUAGAAUAAUAGACAAUAGUAACAGAAUAAAAUCACCGCAAAAAAGCGGGUGCCAAAACGGAAAUACAAUACAACCAACAUCCAUCAGGAAUUUGCUUCAAGCCGAGGAGCAUGGUGGGGGCUUGGGACCUUGCGGUAACACAACAUAGGACGGUAGAUGUUGUAAACUGUUAAAGACACAAAAUAAUAUAAUACAAAUGUACAAAACCAGAUAUGAUUUAUAAUGACCAUCUUACAGCAAUCCAUCGGAACUUCCAAACAUCCAUGUAUUGUGUUCGGCAAUUCGUCCUGCUCAGUCCGAGCUCACAGUUACGGUGAGCGAUUGAUGUGGUCUGAACGUCAUGUGCACUAUCGUCACUAGAAAGAAAUGGCUGACGAGGUAGAAGAAACAAACACAGCUGUCGAGGAGAGCGACUCUACACACCCUGAAGCCGACGUUUUAGAAGUUCCUGCAGACAAUGGAGUUAACAGCGAUGCAGAGGACCAGAAAGCCAAGCCUGUGGCAGAGAGCAAUUGGUCUGCACCCAUCCUGUCGCUGGCACGAAAGGCAUCGGAGACGAUUAGCAGUGGGGUCAACUACGGUGCAGCUUUGAGAAAUGUCACAGCGGGACCCAGCUCUCCUGUCAAGGAAAACUCUGAAAACGAGACGAGUAUUAACCCAAAGUUUCCAGAUGUACCAGCAAUGAAGGAUCCUAUGGCUAUUGAGAGAUCCAACCUUCUUAGUAUGAUGAAGUUAAGCAUCAAGGUGUUGAUUCAGUCUUCUCUAAGUUUGGGGAGAACUCUAGACUCUGACUACCCUCCGCUUCAGCAGUUCUUCGUGGUUCUAGAACACUGUCUCAAGCAUGGACUGAAAGCUAAGAAGUCCUUUAUCAGUCAGAACAAGUCUAUCUGGGGUCCUCUGGAGCUGGUUGAGAAGCUGUGUCCUGAGUCAGCAGAUAUUGCCACCAGCGCCAGAGACCUGCCAGGUUUAAAGACAGGAUUGGGCCGUGCUAGGGCUUGGCUUCACCUGGCUCUCAUGCAGAAGAAGGUAGCUGACUACAUAAAAGCCUUGCUGGACCGCAAGGACCUGCUAAGUGAGUUCUAUGAGCCUGGGGCGUUAAUGAUGGAGGAGGAAGGGAUUGUGAUUGGGGGCAUGUUGGUCGGACUGAACGUCAUCGACGCCAACCUCUGCAUCAAAGGGGAAGAUCUGGACUCUCAGGUGGGGGUCAUCGACUUCUCCUUGUACCUGAAAGAUACUUCAAGCACUGAGACCUCUAAGGAUGACACCAAAAUGACGGCCAUUUUGGAUCAGAAGCACUACAUUGAGGAGCUGAACCGCAACCUCAGCGGCACAGUCACCGACCUGCAGGCCAAGAUGGACUCCCUGGAGAAGACCAACAGCAAGCUCAUUGAGGAGCUCACGGCAGCGACAGACAGGAUUAACUCUCUACGCGAAGAACAGGAGACGUUGAGGAAGGAGAACGAGUCGAUCCUCCAGAGCAGCCUGAAGAAGGAAGAGGCGACCCUGCAGGACAGUCAGGUGGAGUUGGAGACGUACAGACAGACUCGCCAAGGUCUGGAUGAGAUGUACAACGUGGUGUGGACACAGUACCACGAGGAGAAACGCAUCCGGCAGGAGUUGGAGCGGGAGUUGGAGCUGCAGGUGGGUCUGAAGCAGGAGAUGGAGGUGGCCAUGGGGCUGCUGGAGAAGGACACGCACGACAAGCAGGACGCCCUGGCAGCCCUCCGCAUCCAGCUGGACCAGGUGAAAACCCUCAACCUGCAGAUGUUCCACAAAGCACAGGACGCGGAGAGAGACACCGAGAGCAAGCAGGAGGCCGCGGCUCAGCUGGAGGACAAGAUGAAGCACAUGGAGACCGCCAUGCAGGAGAUGGAGCAGAGGCUGCAGAACUCGGAGCGCGAGAGGAGGCAGAGCGACCAAACGGACAGAGACAUGAGGUCGGAGCUGGAGGGCAAGGUGCAUGCGCUGCAGAAACAGCUGGGUGACCUGGACACGCUAAGGCUGGGUUUGGAGAGUGACCUGCGCAGCGAGAAGGAGGAGAGGCAGAGCCUGCAGAGAGCUCUCCAGAGGGAGCAGGACAACAGCACAGAGCUGCGCACGCAGCUGCAACAGCUGCAGGGGCUGCACACGGAGCUCCAGGACCUGAAGGAGGAGAAGAAACAGCUCCAGCAGAUCUGUGAGGAGCAGGAGCAGGCUCUCCAGGAGAUGGGCCAGCACCUGAGUCAGUCUAAGCUCAAAAUGGAGGACUUCAAGGAGGUCAACAAGGCCUUGAAGGGCCAUGCCUGGUUGAAGGACGACGAGGCUACCCAGUGUAAGCAUUGCCAGAAGGAGUUCUCCAUCGCUCGCAGGAAGCACCAUUGUAGGAACUGUGGGGAUAUCUACUGCAACAGCUGCUCUGCCAACGAGCUGGCCCUUCCUUCCUACCCUCGGCCCGUCCGGGUGUGUGAUAUCUGCCACUCACUGCUGCUGCAGAGAGGCUCCGCCUCCUGACACAACUACGCACACACUGUCUCACACACACACACUUUUAACUCUAGCUUUCGUGUUGACUAACGUUCCAGUUGUUACUGAAGACAUCUAGACAAACAGUUUCCAAAAAAAAAUAUUUUUUAAUAUAAAAUCCUUAGCAUUAAAAAUGAACAGGAAACAUCGUUUGAUGUGUUUCCAAGAUCGGUUUCUACGUCUGCCUGAAAUUCAGGAACUUAAGACUGUCUAUGGAAUGGUAUGAAAGGUCCUUCUGCAUGACUGGGUUUGAGUGUG